AUGUCAUUGUCCAAUGCAGCUUCAAAUGCCACUUUGAUCCAACAGAAUGCCACCUUGCCAGAGCAGAAAUCUCAGCUUCCUAACCCGUUUGAGCUUGAUGACAAACAGAUCCUGCACAAAGUUUAUAUGACCCACGUCAAUGAUGAUGAAAAGUGCGAUAAGGAUAUCCUUUUCAACCUUACGUCUUUGAUUGUUUUACAGAGUCAGUCGCAGAUUCUUGUGACAAGUUUCAAACCAGACUUCCCUGCAUUGAAGCGGAUUUCUUGUCAGAUGAUAACGACACGUGGCACUGCACAAUGUGCACAUCAGACAACAAUUUGGAUUCUUCAACAGCUAAGAUGCUUCUCCUGGGAUGCGAAAGCACUAAUAACUCUGGCUUCUUUCUCUUUGGAAUAUGGGGAAUUUUGGCACCUUUAUCGUAUUCCAGCAUCAGACCAACUUGGAAACACAUUGAAGCAACUGAACCAAGUUCAAAACAGAAAGGUCCCUGCUGAGAUUAACGAACUAGUCAUGUUCUUAUUGGAAGUGUUUCAGCUCCUCAAAGAGUGGGCAACAUGGUGUGCUAUGGGUUAUGAAACAGAUGAAGUGCAAUCCUUAUCAGAAGCAAUGCAAGAGAUCCCUCUUGUUGUAUACUGGACAGUUGCUACCGUUGUUGCUUGUACUGGCAACCUCGUUGGUAUAUCGGAGCAUAAAUUAUCAGAUUUUAAAUACAGGCUUUCUGCUGCCAUUAAUGACAAGUUUAAGGAUCAUCUGCAAAAAUGCAAAGUGGAAAUAGGCAGGAUAGACGAUUACAGAAACCGUAUGAAGAACUCUAAAAAUGUCAAAGAUAUUGUAGAUCUUUUGAAGCUUCUGAUCCAUGGCAAUGGAUCUCAGAUACCCUUAUUAUAUGAAGGUGGCAUCCAAGUUAAUACGGGUAUUGAAGUCUUCAAGCAGAAACAUGUCUUGCUGUUCAUUUCGAGCCUCGACAGCAAUAUUCGAGAUGAGAUUUUGCUUUUAAAUUCUAUCUACGACAGAUUGCAGGAAAAUCCAAAACAAGAUAGAAAAGGUUACAUGAAGGAAGAUUUCAAGAUUUUGUGGAUCCCCAUUGUGGAUGAUAAGUGGAACGACAGCCUGAAGAAAAAGUUUAUGGAAUUGAAGGAAGGCAUGAAAUGGUACGUGUUGGAGUACUUCUAUGAUGAGUUACCAGGCAUUGGGAUCAUAAAGGAGAAAUUGAAAUACAACAGCGAGCCUAUUGUGUCAGUGAUCAACUCUAAAGGAGACAUAAUAAAUGAGGAUGCACUGGAGAUUAUUUUUCAAUGGGGGAUCGAAGCAUUUCCUUUUAGGAAAAUUGAUGGCUAUGAUCUUACUAAAAAAUGGAGCUGGUUUUGGAAUUUAAUGAAUAAAGUUGAUAUUCAUACAGAGGACAUGAAAAAGGGCAGUUACAGAUUCAUCUAUGGAGGUGUCGAAAACAAUAAGUGGAUCCGAGAUUUCACGAUCGCAAUAGAAAAACUUAAAAAGCAUGAGCAUGUCAAGGAUGUGGAUGUUCCCAUAGAGCAUUAUCAGUUGGGAAGGGAUAACCCCGACUUGGUUCCUUAUUUCUGGAUUGGCAUAGAUGGCAAGAAACAGAACAAGAAGUGCCAGGAUCCUGGUGUGGACUGUGAGAUUCAAGAAGUUGUGAGGAGCUUGCUUUGCCUUAAACAAGAUCCAUUAGGAUGGGUUCUUCUUAGUAAAGGGGAUCACAUAAAGGUUCUGGGUCAUGGGGAUCCUAUGUAUCAAACUGUGGCUGAUUUUGAGAUAUGGAAAGACAAAGUGCUUGUGAAAGAAAGCUUUGACGUGGCAUUCAAAGAGUACUAUGAUCGUAAGGUUAAAGAGAUAUCUGCUCGUAACCCAUGCGCUUAUAUCAAUGUUGAUAAUGUCUUAGCAACCAUAACUUGCCCAAAUCCCAAUUGUGGUCGUGUGAUGGAGGUGACAUCCGUUAAUUACAGGUGCUGCCAUCGUGAUGAUCCAAACAGUUGCAGGAUCUGAUUUCU